AUGGAACAGAUGAGAACCGAUGCUAAGCAUCAAUUCGAGGCUCAGAUAAUCUUGAGCUGUGCGGCGGCUGAGAAGCGGCACAGGGAUGCGAUCGCGUCCCUCAACAACAGUUUCGUAACGAAUGCCUCGCAGAACAACACGACAACUCUGUCCACUUCGAUGGGGUCUCUCAAUGAGAUCAAUAGGAAUGCCUCGUUCAAUGAGAUCAAUUCAAAUCUUAAGCUGUGA